CUGGUUAGGAAGCUGCACCGCGCACUUCGCAACAAUUUGUAUGAAACCCCACAUUUUAAUUAGCUACAUUAAUAGUCAGUCACGCGAUUGGCAUGAUUUUCAAUUACAUAGGAAUUAUUAUUAUUUAUUAUAAUUAAUUGCGUGAUAGUAUAUAAACGCUUUGCCAAAUUUUUUGUCGGAUGGUUACCUACUAAAGUCUGACACGAUGGCACGGUUACUACUGGCAUUUUUUGUAGUUUUUAAUGUGACAUUAAAAUCAACAUUGGGAUUAGUUUUAGAAACUCCUCGCAACGUGGGCAUCAGUGGUGGAAACAUCAUUCCCAUUGAAGCCGCUCCCUAUAUGGCUGCAUUGUUUUUGGAAAACGAACAAUGGUGUGGUGCCACGAUCAUCGACGACCAGUUCGUGCUGACUGCUGCACACUGUCUUGUGAAUGAUAAUUCUGAGGACUGGAAAAUUCUAGUUGGUUCAGACCAAUUGAACUCAGAAGGUGUCUUCAUUGAAGUCGAGAAGAUUCUUUGCCACGAAAAAUACGACUUCACUAAAGAGGACCACGACAUUUGCUUGUUAAAACUAAAGGAAAACAUACCAUUUGGGUGUUUUUGGAAUGUGGAGACAAUCCCGUUGCCAGAAAACAACCGCCUAAUCUAUGGAGAUGAAUUGGCAAGUGUCACCGGAUGGGGACAGACUGAACAUGAAUAUCACGUUUCAAAUGAACUGCGUCAGGCAUUGGUGCCGAUUGUGGCAAAUGAAUGCUGUCGUCGAGUCCAUCCUAAUGUGACGGACGAUAUGAUCUGCGCUGGAGACAAACACCAAAACUUCUGUCUGGGAGAUGCUGGAGGGCCCCUGGUAAUAAGAAACAGGAGGAAUACAGAAAUAAUUAUUGGCGUCGCAUCACAGGACGCGGGAAGUUGCAGCAUUUACCCCGGAGUAUACACGAGGGUCGCCAGUUACAUACCUUGGAUCCACAGUACCAUCCAACGCAAUAGGACCUGAAAAUGUAUUAGAGCUGCAAGUCGAAAUAAUUUGAUGCUUUCUUUUUUUGCGAAAAUAAUAAAUAACAUUUAUAAUAAAAUGUGUGUCCCUGUAACGGUUUGCUAUAAAACCUCGUUAGCGCUAAGCGUUUUGUGCUAGCCGGUUGUAAAAAAAAAUUAAAAACAUUUUUAAAUAGUUUUCUGGAAUCUGUCACUUGAAGAAAAAUUGAUGAACAUUUACGACAAUUUCUUGCAAAUAAGAUACUAAAUAUCUCUAAAAUAAUAUAAUUUACCUAACUUAAUCGAUCUAGAUCGUGCCUUAUUGGUAUUAUGCUGUGUACAUUUCCCCGGAUCGGGUAAGUGUUGUGAAUAUUUCAUUUAAGUUACUACUAGGAAUAAUUUUACGUUGUAUUCUUUUAUACUGUUAACUAAUCUGUUAUUUUCUGACUGCUUCAUCCGUGAACACUAAAAUAAUGCUGAAAGGUUAACUUUCCUGAUAUUUCUUUCCUUGUGGGCCGGAUGUAGCAGUCACUAUUGAGUGCAUUUUCUAUUAUGCCCAAUAUUACUAGGGAUCAAGUCUUGGGUUGAAAAUUGCCUGCACCCUGCCUGAAAACCCUCUAUCCUGCACUACCCCGGGUUGCGCUAUGCGCAAGCUCUGUAUCCCGGAAGGUUUCCGUUCCGAGCUGGGGAUCCUGAACCACAGCGGGAAACCAUCCUAGUCUACUCUGGACCAACUGGGACUCCUGCGCUGUACCGCGGAGCCAUCUACAACUGCGACGCCUACGAUGUAGAGCCUCAGGAAAGUGCCUCCUUAAGGACAUGUUUCUAUAUUUCUAUCUGUGUCAGCUCAGUUAUAACGACUCACGACCCUAGCUAACUUCCUGUAAUUAUAAAUAAUAUUAAAUACCUUUUCUAAAUUAAUCUUUCAUUUCUAACCUAUCUAUCUCUAUCUACAUGUGACGCUAAACGUCA